UUUUUCUGAUCAACAAUAGAUAAACAAAUAGUUUGGAAGAUUGCUAAAAGCAAAUUCUGGAGAAAGGAAGGGUACAAUGGCAGAGAAAAUAGGGUGCAGGAGAAUCUAAGUCCCAAACUUAGCAAUGCUUAGUAAACCCCUCCUUGUUCGGUCAUAAUCGACUCAUUUUGUUCUUUCUCCUUCUCAACCACUCCCACUACUCCCUCUCGUUUUUGAGAAAACCCAAAUCAUAAGAAACUAAAAUACAUGAAUAGAUCUUUUUGUAUAAUUUCUUUAUUGAUUUCCUUUUUAUAAACCCCACCAAGUUUUACAUGAUGAAACUAUCCUGGAGGAGUCAUAAGUAACAUCUGCUUCUUCUUAGGUGGGUUUCUCAUAUAUUUUCGUAAUCAUGGGAUUAGAGAGACCGUCAUCAUUACCAUCGUCAGAAAAAUCGAGAGCCAAGUUCAUUGUCUUUUAUAUAUUUCUCUGCGUUGUUCUCUGUGCGUUUACUACAUUCAUUACUCCCUCGUCCCUUUCUUCUCCAUAUAUUAGGAACUCAAAAUCUGGAAAACUAGAGCAAUUCUAUGCACAGGAGGACAAGAGUACACUGUUGAUGAUAAAGAAGAUUCGUGACCGGAGCAACGCAGCGGGGGAACGAAGGAAUUUGAGGGGGCUAGGGUCAUCUCCGCCACGGUGCUCGUCCAAGUGUGGAAGAUGCACGCCGUGCACGCCUGUGCACGUCCCAGUGCCUCCGGGCACGCCUGUCACCGCCGAAUACUACCCUGAAGCUUGGAGGUGCAAGUGCGGCAACAAAUUGUACAUGCCAUGAUAUUUUAUAUAUAAUAUGUAUACUCACAUAUGAAGGUCCAUGGUCUGCCUUAUGUCUGUGCUCAAAAAUUUAUUAUAUAUUAAACAUGCUUCUAGGACAAUUCCUGCGUAAAAUCUUUGAUGACUGAUUGAUGAUGAUGGAGCUCGUAUAUACUAUAUUUUGU